CACUUGGCGUUGCAGGAUCCCUGCCCUGCUCUUGCUCUCAUAUCACACACAAUUCUACUCCGUACGCAGUUUCCCGUCCUGCCUGGGCUGGGAGGCGGCUUGUCUUUGCUGUGUCCUCAAGAUCCGAGUUGUUUUUGAUCCAGAGUACUCCGUACGGAGUAUGCUUACAGCGUAGGACGAUUUUGCUCGUGUCUUCCUGGGCGGGUAAAGUAGCCAAGAUGAAGAGAGGAUCAUUUACAAAGUAGGUUGUUUUCAAGUUCGUUGAAUUUUAACCCGAACUAUCACUCCUCCUCAUGUAACUACGGAGUACAGAGAGAGAGCAAGGAUCCCUUGAACUCAAAAAAAUGCACUCCUAAGACAUCCGCCCUGGACGCAUUCUUUUAGGCUGUCAUCGAAUUGAAUGAUACUCAGACGGUCUUCAUUUGGCCUUAUAAAUCGUCCCUGUCAAACCAUGAAUUGAUGAAUUGGAUACUUGUGUAUGUCCGAUCAAGAAUCCUGGUCAAUUUCCAUUAGCCGCUGAGCUACCAAUCCUGACCAAUUCAACCAAUGCCGAGAUUUUCUUCAAAGGUGGUGGUGGUGGUGGUGGUGUGUGGCUUGCACUCCGUACAGAUUACUGGCCACACUACACCGUAACGAGCCUGGAGGCUACGCCGUGUAGGGGCUCAACUGGGAAUUUCUCUCCCAGGAUCAGAAACACCUCUCCCAAAUUCACCCAGAGGAGCCAACAUUUUUACUUUUGGCCAAAGAAGGACGUUAUCGAUGAUCGGUCAUUUAUAAUCGAAAUCAUGAGAUGGCCUCUCCGCGGCCUCGUGCUUGCAGCAAUCCUUCUCGUUACAAUAACGCUUUUCUAUUUGCCUCAAUGGAGACAGCCUCUGGUUCACACUGGCGUCCAAAAAUAUUUCACUUGGGAUAACCCAGAUUUCGCAUAUUUCAAUAAUCAGUUCAUCCUUCACCUUGCAUCGGCAGUUAACAACCCUCUUCCAACACGAAGACUGCUCUCGCCGGGAAUUACUUGUCCGGCUGUCCGAGGUGUUGCUACAUCACAGCUGAUACCCGUCACUGAUGUUUUCGACGCAGCCGGGCUUGAAAAACUGGGAUACGAUGCGAGGCCCCAACUCGCUACCAGUUUACAAAACGCAUCUACUCUGGUCGUGGACUUCGCGAGCGAAAUCACCGAGGCGCCAGAGCAAGUUGUACGCAUUACUGCUCCAAGUGAAUCAUACUGGCAGCGUUCUGCGUUCAACUUUGUACGGGACUCGUUCAUUCUUCCACUUCGAGCUGGGCCAUGGAGAAAGGCCGCACGCUUCUUCAGACUUGCAGAGCCUCUCGAUGCCUGCGUGAAGGACAUGCUACCUGACCUUCUCCCCCAGGCAGUUGCGUUGCAUAUUCGAACUUGGCCGUCUGACCUUUCCUUUGGCCAGAAGGAUCCUUGUCAUCAGAAUGAAAUUCCCGUGCUCCGCAAUGUAUUUGGCAAAUGCGAUUGGACGGGCUCCUACCUUUAUGACAAUGUGAAACGUACCCAGCUAAACCCGGACCAACCUGUGGUUAUUGCGACAGAUGAUCGUGAAGGUGAAGUUAUCCGCGACCUCGUCAAAUUACUAGAUGGGCGAGCGCAUUUCAUGGAGAUGUCACACAAAUGCAAGGAAGCCAUUAGGGCGGCACAUCCGGAGGAGGAACACGACUGGCGCUUGGCAACUUACUGGCCGAUUAUUGAGGCAACGGCUCUGACACGAGCUGAGUCUUUCGUUGGAUCCUUUUGGUCGACCCUCUCGCAACUUGUUGCUGUCCGUCGAAGUACCAAACGCACUUUUUUUUUCCAAACACGUUUGCAAGCGUUUAUCUGGGAUUCUCGAGUGGCCCUUGGUAUACUUGUGAUCGUCGGGAUAACAUACGUGGGAUACACGUAUUCCCGUCGUAUACUGACGAACCGGCGGAACCGUCUGGCAGCUGCUAGGAAGUCCGAGUUUGCUGCUUCUCCGUAGUACACCGUUUCGGGGAUAUUCUUUCGGACACAUUGGGUUUUAGGGUUGACUUCUUGGAGUUGGUUGGAUAUAUUCAUUUUUGAGGCAUAUUGGUACAUAUCAACCCUAUCAUUUUUCUCAUCCCCGUUCUAAUUCGACAACCGGCAUUAUUUUCGGAUAUUUUUCGGAUAUUUUUUCGUUUACGGCGUUGACGUCAUUUAUAGCAUUGUUCGGAUGGAGUUAUGUAUUUCAUGACCUGGAUAUUUCCUCUUUGUUUAGAAAUCUACGUUGGGCAUAUAUGACAUGUAACCACCAUGAACAAACGAAGUAUAUAGACAGGAAUAAGAUGUUACUUGACCCGAUUUGCUACAGAAUUUCUAUAUCUCUACGUGACUGCUUAUUUUGCCAGCCUUAAUUCCGUGGACUGUAAGAGAUAUCCAUAUGGUAUCUGUAUCUAUAUUGCUUGCUGGAAGGUGUGCAGUAACUUUGCCCGUUGAGUUCAGCAUCCCGCCAAAUGUAUAGUUAAAGUUUCCAUUGGACUUUCGACUUUCCCAUGGUUUGACCUGAUAGACAGAAAGCCCUAAGAAGGAAAACUCGAUCCUAUCUUCACUCUGUAGAACAAAGAAUUGCACAUAUCUGUGAAUUAAAAUAUAACAGCAGCGAUGUCAAAGAAAAGCAACGAUCAUGCGUUUGCCUUGAAAUUAAAAGAGGGUCUUUUCUAGGUUGG